AUGGCAGUUUUUGAUACCCCACAAGAAGCGUUCGGGAUCUUGCGCCCAGUUUGUGUACAGCUAACAAAGGUGCAGACUGCUGAGAAUGUGGAACGCUUGCAGGCUCAGCUCCAGACAGUCAGUGACUCUGCCCUGCAGGAACUGCAGGAGUACGUCCUUUUCCCAUUGAGGUUCACCCUGAAGACCCCAGGACCCAAACGGGAGAGUCUUGUCCAGAGUGUGGUGCAGUGCAUCACGUCCAUCCUUUCAACAACAUGUGUGAAGAAGCAGGACCUCCUUCAGGAGCUUUUUUCUGAGCUCUGCCUGUGUCUAUCUUCUCCUUCUGGUUUGCAGCCACCAGCUCCACUAUCAGAGGAAUUAAAACUGACUGUAAUCCAAGCACUCCAUGUCCUGAUGCAUUCAGCUUAUGGGGACAUUAUCCUGACUUUGUAUCAGGCUUCUACCCUUCCUCACUUAGGAUUUGCUGUAUCUUUGCUUUUGGCCUUGGCAGAACAAGAGAAAGCAAAGCAAAUUAAGCUGGCUGCCUUAAAGUGUUUACAGGUCCUAAUUCUGCAGUGUGACUGCCAGGAGCAUCAUAGACUCCUAGACACGGUUGAAACAAGACAAUGUGGGAAUUUGUUUGCUUCUUUUCUACCUGGGAUCUCUAUUGCCCUGUCCCGGGUUAUUACUGGAGACAUCAAACAAGGUCAUAUGGUCACUGUUUCUGCCAUCAGGCUCUUUUAUCAAACUGUCUGCUUGGUAAUGGCAGAUGAACAACUAGCCACAAUCACACAGGAUGAAGAGAAGCCUUCAGUGGAACAAAGCAGACUAUCUGAGCUUGUGGUCCAUAGAGGACCAGACUGGGUAAAAGGCACUGCAGACAAAUUGUCUCUCCUUAUCCACAAGAUAGUUGAAUUUGCUUCUCUUCACCCUCACUGGAAGGUCAGGAUGGAAUUGGUGGAGCUGGUCCAUCUCCUUAUGUUGAAGUGUAGUCAGUCACUGGUGGAAUCAGUUGGUCACCUGUUAAAAGCCGUGGUUGGGCUUGUUAAUGAUGAAAGCAAUGAGGUCCAAAGCAAGUGUCAUGAGAUUCUCAGGAGCAUUGCGGAGCUGAGAACAGUAGCUGAGAACAGGGCUCUUGCUGAUGUUCUGUCAGAGAAUCUGCAUUCCCUUGCCACAGCCCUUCCACGUCUGAUGAACUCCCAGGAUGAUCAAGGCAAGUUCUCUACCUUGAGCUUAUUACUCGGCUCCCUGAAGCUGCUGGGCCCCAAGGUGAACAUUGUGCUCAACUCUGCAGCCCACCUCCAGCGUCUCUCCAAAGCCCUGAUGCAAGUUCUGGAGCUGGAUGUAGCUGAUGUGAAGAUUGUUGAAGAAAGACGUUGGGGCCCUGAAGACUCUCUAGGUGAGCCCUUGGGUUCCUUGCAGCAUGGCAAAGGUCAGAAGAAAUACUUCCGGUUCUUCAUUGAUGAGCGGAUUUUCUUGCUCAUUCAGCAGGUUUGCCGGGUACUUGGCUACUAUGGGAACCUCUACUUGCUAGUGGAUCAUUUCAUGGGGCUAUACAACGAAUCUGUUGUGUACCGGAAGCAAGCUGCCAUGGUCCUCAAUGAGUUGAUCACAGGAGCUGCUGGACUGGGGGUAGAUGUUCUUCACGAAAGGGAAACUGCAGUGAGCAUGGAAGACCUUAAAGGGACCAUAACAUCCAUCCUCGAAGAAUUUACUGACCAGGCAAACUGGUAUCUGAUCACCAGCAUUGACGCUGAGGGAACCAGCGAUGAGUUAACUGUGAAACAUUCAAGAGUACGUGCUAUCCCAAGAGGUGCACACAGCAGUUCUUUGAUUUCAUCCUCCUCCCCUUCUUCAGACCCAAGCCCAACCAUCCGCUCCAUGAACAGCAAUAUCUGGCAGAUCUGCAUCCAGCUGGAGGGGGUUGGCUGCUUUGCGUAUGUGCUGGGGAAAGAGUUCCGCUUGCUUCUAGCAUCAGUCCUCUACCCUGUGCUUGAAAAGGCCGGGGACAGCACUCUGCUCAUUAGUCAGACGGCGACUGGAACCAUGGUGGAUGUCUGCCAUGCCUGUGGCUAUGACUCCGUGCAAAAUCUGAUUAAUGCUAACUCGGACUAUCUGGUGAAUGGGAUUUCCCUAAACCUGCGUCGGGUGGCACAUCAGCCUCACGCCUCGCGGGUCCUGGAGGCCAUGCUCAGGCAUUCGGAUGCCAGCCUUCUCCCACUGGUGGAGGAUGUGAUCCGAGAUGUCCUGGCUGCCCUUGAUCAGUUUUAUGACGACCGAGCUUCCUCCUUCCUUGGGGUCCUGUCCACAUUAGUGGCAGCUUUAGUGCAGUGGUUCGUGGUGGUGAAGGGUAAGGAGCACCCACAAGAGCAGAAUCUACAGCAGCAGAGCAGCUCUUCAUCCCAGAAGCAGGAGAAAGGGUCUGUAAUUACCCCCAUGGUGCAAGAAGUGGAACAGUUCUUCCUGGACUACAUCAAACAGAAGCAGAUUGCAGAGGGCAACCUUCCAGCCACGGAGGAGGAGGAAGAGGAGGUGCAGGCCCCCCCUCCUGAGCCUGAGAUGAACAACUCCAGUGCGGAGGGAGAGACUCCAUUGCCAGCCCAUGCCCAGAUAGCAAAGGAUGUGAUGGAGAGAUGUAUCCACUUACUGUCUGACAAGAGUCUGCGGGUGCGGCUGAAGGUCCUGGACGUGCUGGAGUUCUGCGUGAUUGUGCUGCAUCUUCAUGAAAACCAUCUGCUUCCCUUGGCUCAUCGCGCCUGGCCGGCUCUCGUAACCCGGCUGAUUAACGACGACCCGCUGGCGGUGCUCAGAGCCUUCAAGGUGCUAUGUACCCUGGCCGAGAAGUGUGGCGAUUUCCUGAGGCGACGAUUCUCCAAAGACGUCCUGCCCAAGUUGGCCGGUUCCCUUGUCACCCAGGCUCCGGUCAGUGCCAGAGCCGGACCCGUAUACAGCCAUACUCUUGCCUUCAAGUUACAGCUGGCCGUGCUGCAGGGGCUGGGUUCACUGUGUGAGAAACUGGACUUGGGCGAGAGUGACCUGAAUAAAGUAGCAGAUGCCUGUCUGAUUUACCUCAGUGCCAAACAACCCGUGAAACUGCAAGAGGCCGCCCGGAGCGUUUGCCUCCAUUUGAUGUGUCUGGACCCUGACGCCACCUGGCUCCUGCUGAACGAGGUCUGCUGCCCUCUCCCGUCUGAGCCCCCCCACCCCAGCCUCCAGCCAGUGAAGCUAGGCGGGAUGGGGCGGCAACGGACCGAAUUCACCGACAACGUGCUGGGCCUGCUGGGUGAGCUGCAGCGACGGGAGACAGCAGCGUUUCAAGCCGGGCCCCGAGAGGCACCUGAGCCGCAACCCCCCUCGCUGACCGAGGCCCUGGGAUAG